GCUCGGGAGAAACAUACACGCCCGGAAGACACCAAGUCGCGUACAAAGAAAGGGUCACGCCGACCCAGGGAGCUGGGAGCCAGAGCCUGGCUGGCAGCGAAGCGCUCGGGAUGCAGGAGGGGCCGCCGCCUUUAAAGCCUCCCCGGGAGAUGCUCUCCGUCGGGCCGCGGCGCCGAACCGAGGUCCCUCCCGGCGCGGCCCCGGCCCCCGCCCCCGCCCCGGACGGCAGCCUGGGCGCUGCGCAGCCGGGAGAGCGGGGGGCGAGGCGGCGCGCGGGCGGCGGGAGCGAGCGAGCGGAAUGGUCGCGUCCUCCUUAACUCGGGGCCCCUCGCGGCCGCCCCCCUCCUCCCGGGGGCUGAGACUGGAGAGGAAGUGGGCAGGCUGCGAGCCGUUCCUCCCGCCGGAGCCCUCAUGCCCCCUCCCUUCUCCUCGGCGCGGGGCCCCGGCGCGCCUCCGCCCCGGCCGUCGCCGCCGGACAGGGGCGGCCGGCGCGGUCGGGCGCGCGGAGACGGAGCGGGCGGCCUCCGAGCGGCCGCCGGGGAGCCGAGAUUCUCGGCGGCGGGCGAAGUAGGCCCGCGGGCGACCCCGGAGACUGCGGUGGCCGGAUGUGCGGGCGCGUCACUUCCGGGCGCUGCAGCGGCGGCCGCUUGGAAGAUGGCUGCGCCCUGUGGCUCGGAGCUGCCCGCCAACUCGCCGCUAAAAAUCCCGAAGAUGGAGGUGCUCUCCCCGGCCUCGCCUGAUGGCAUGAGCGACGGGAAUCCGUCGCUGUCUGACCCUUCCACGCCUCGGGGUGCCUCCCCGCUCGGGCCGGGCAGUGCGGUGGCCUCGGGGGCAGCGGCGUCCGGGGGUCUCGGGCUGGGGCUGGGGGCCCGCAGCGCCGCCUCAUCCUCGGUCUCCUUCUCCCCUGGCGGCGGAGGCGGCGGCGGCGGAGGCGGCGGGUCCGCGGCGGCCGCUGCCGCCGCCUGCCGGGGCAUGUCAUGGACGCCGGCUGAGACGAACGCGCUCAUCGCCGUGUGGGGCAACGAGCGGCUGGUGGAGGCGCGGUACCAGCAGCUGGAGGGAGCCGGCACGGUGUUCGGCAGCAAGGCCCCCGGGCCAGCCAUGUACGAGCGCGUGUCCCGGGCCCUGGCCGAGCUGGGCUACGAGCGGACCCCAUCCCAGUGCCGGGAGCGCAUCAAGUUCCUGUUGUUGCUACUGUCUCUGCAAGCUUGUGUGUUCCAGUUUGAGUGUCUGCUUAUGACUGACAGAGGCUUGGUGUGUAUCUUAAAGACCGUCUUGGAUGCCCAACCAUACACUUACAUUUAGGCUUGCAGUUUUGGAGCUGGUUCGAUGCCCAGAACUGAAUGCUGUGCUCCAGCUGUGGCCUCACCGGUGCUGAAUAGAGAGGAAGAGCCACCUUCAUAGCUUACAUGUGAUUCCUCUGCUUAUACAACCCAAUACUGGAUUUACUUACUUUGGCAAGAUAGCUGCAUUGUGCACUGUAUUUAAUGUUGCGUGUACUGUAACCUGGGUCUUUCUCUGCAUUGCUGCCCCUAAGCCCCCAAUCCUGCCAAUCUAAACCCCACCUUUGUUUGCCUGCCCCUCCCAUAUUCAUCCACAAUGAAUGUCAUCUUUUUAUUCUCUCAUUUCCUUUCAUUCUGCUCUUAAGCUUUGGUGAAACUUUCCCUGUGCUAUAAAUUGUUGGUUGUCAGCUACCUUACUCCCAUCUCUUCACCUCCCCACCCCCACUUUGGUAAUGGGACAUCUUUAUAGUAUUUUCUCUGGUUCUUUUCCUUUUGUAUGCAUGAAACACUUGGCCUGGUGGAUUUAGUAAGCAUUCACCUGGCAUUCCUUACAAAUUGAAUAGUACCUAUGCACUCCUGGGAUUUGAGCACUUGAUUAUGUUGUUACCUGUACUUUAGUUCAAUCCAUAUUUUCUUGACCCCAGACUUCUAUCCCUAGGAUAUUAUUCAAGAUCCAAUAUUAUCACAGCUCCUCACUCAGAGAGGAAGCAGUAAUACUGAUUUACCGUGGAUAUAUCUAAACAAUAAUAUAUUCCUAUAACAGUAAAGUAUCACUAUUUUUAAUUGUCUUUAAUAAUUUUAAGCAUUUUCUUUCCCUUCAGAGAUUUUAAUUUUAAGACCAAGAGACUGGAACCUAAGAUACUGUGCUUUUCUAAGAUGAGUGAGGUAUUGAAAUAAGGAAGGGAGGCAAGGUCUUGUGUCAGACAGGACAUGGGUCUUCAAGAAUGUUCACUGAGCUCCUGGUAAGGUUUGGGAUACUGUCUGACAUGGGAGAUGAGACAUUGUGUAUCCUAGAUUCCAGAGCAUUAUCUUGAUUUCAGGUUUAGAGUAGAUUUUAAAGUUGGUUUAUCUGGGACUGUUGACAUCAUUUACACUCUUCUGUGCUUUGGGUAAUUGUUUUAGAGUUUGAGAAGUGUUACCUCUUUGGUUUAUUAUGAGUGAUAAGGAUUAGAAGGUCUCCAACUACUCUUCUAGUCCCAUUUUAAACUCCCUCCAGUUUAACUAAAGCCUAGUCUUUCUUGGAGUAGCGAUGGUGCUGAUGUUUAGUCCUUCCUUUUUGCCUGUCUUAGUUGAUGAAUGCAAUUUAAAUAACCGAUACUUGGAUCUGUGGUCUUUAUUGAACCCAGAAGUGAUCUCUGUAUAUAUUUAGGUUUUGAGAGAGUUCAAACCAACUUGGAAUUUUUUAAAAAGAAUUUAUUUAUUUAUUCAUGAGAAAGAUAGGAGAGAAAGAAUCAGACUUCACUCUGGUACAUGUGCUACCGGGGAUUGAACUCAGGACUUCAUGGUUGAGAAUCCAAUGCUUUAUCCACUGCGCUACCUCCCAGACCAUGGAAAUGUUUUUGAUAUUUCUUUAUACAUCAAAUUCCUAGCCUGUAUAUUUAGACAUUACUAAACAUUUUUUUUCCUCCAACCCUAGUAUACUCCAAAGUAGGAGAUGCUAAGACUGAUUAGCCUCUUUUGAUGAAAUAUAAAAUACAUCAUAUGACCACUUUAUAUCCACAUCUAUUAGAUACUACUAGUUUCUUCAUUUGCAGUCCCAUAGCCAAGUGAAAUCUUAGCUCAGUUUGGUGGUUUCAAAGGAAGUCAGUCUUUCCUGUGGCUAUAUACCACAGAGACUAGAUUGGUGGCUUUGCUUACACUUCCAUCAGGCCCUACUAAACGUGGCCUUUCUUCCAAGUAACACUAGUUUUACUCCAUGCUUCAGAAACAACCCCCAGUGGGCCCUGCUGAGUGCCAAGUGUGCUCCUGCAGGCGGCCAGUGAGUGGCCAGUGAGCAGUGUGAGGCUCCCUCUCCAUUUAUGGCCAUGGAGGGAGAGAAGGACACAGCUGGGACUCACCAUGUAUGGUUCGUGGAGGACUCACAAAGCAUGGCUGGGGUGUUCUCAGAGGCAGAAACUUGACAUUGUGAGAUAAAAAUAAAUUGGCAAGAGAUGUUUUCAAUUCAGAUUUCACUGGAGAAGAGGAGCACAGAGAAAGUCAAAUGAGGUCUGCUACAGGCAUUUAUCUCCUUCCACUGAGUGGGUCCUGUGAAACAUCUCCCAAGUGACAUUCUUGAUUUGUUCUGGAAAGUUGGAUGGGAUGUAGUUGUGACUUUUUUUUUUUUUUACAGCGAGAAAGAGGGAUAAAGAGCGUGUGAUCAGAAACCUCAGUUCUUUAAGGUCCCAACAGAGUCUUUCUUCAGAAAGGAAGACUGAGGCAGGUGUUUAACAUAGGGACAGACAACUGCCUUCACAGAGGAGUGACUAUUUAUGGGACUGUUUGUGUCCCAGGAAGAUCACCAUCCAUGUUAUGCUGGCAUUGUUCCCUCUAUACAUCUAGAUUUCUUGGCCAGGUGUUUUAUAGAAAGUCAUUUGUGUGGUGUGCUGACAGAUUUUACAAUAGUGAACUUCCUUGGAGGCCAUUUAGAGGCUAUUUAGAUUUGUUUCCAUUUGGUGACCUGUUGACUUAUUUAGUGCAAUCUCACAUUUAGGAGAAUUUGGGGGUCCAACUCUACAUGAAGUCUGCAGUGAACUAACAGCACAGUUGAGUUCAGGAGUACUUGUGUCUUUGUGUCUUAGGCCUUUCGCAGGUGUUAUGGUUGGGUGAAAGAACACGGUGUUGGGAAAAGAAAGAGCAGUUACACAUUUGAAUAGUUGGAACAGGGAAGAAGGGUCUCAUCUCUCAAAAUUAUCAGUGAGAUCCGAUGAAGUUGAAAGGAAACAGGAAGCACAAAAUGAAGCAGAGAUGGGCUAGAGACAGAAUAUAAGCAAACUAAGUCCUUUUGAAAUUUCUCUCUUGAAAUGUGGAAGAUAGCAUAAGAUGUACCAUCUACUCAAAAUGUUGGGCUGGUGGUCAGAACUGUGCUUUAGAAGACAUGAGGAAAAUGGAAGGGUUGUGCAAGAUGAUACAGUUCCUCAGGUUUCUGUGUGGGCAGACAUGAUGUUUAUUUGCUAUGUACCAUGAGGUAGAAAAAGAAGUGAAAUAAUACCCCCUCCACCUCCCUUCCCCCAGAAAAGGAAAUUAUUGCCCCCAUUGGUUGGUUUGUGUAGCUGGCAGUUUGGGUUGAUAGUUUAGACUACUAUUACCGGUUAACUUUUAGAAGAAGGUAUUAAUGGAUGGUUUGCAAUUGCCAUUUGAGGCUGGGAAUCCAUAGCAUUAUUAAUUUGACCUCUUUUUAAAUCUUAGCAGAUUACUCAAAGACAAAAUGAGUGAGUGAGUGAGUUAGGAAUAUGGACUAUGUAAGUCAUGUUUUGCUAGCGAUUGUUUUUACCCUAUAUUCCUCCCUAAUCACUAGCAGGGAAGGUUCUUUCUAUUCUUUACUUUGGGAAUUUCUCCUUUCUGUCCUUUGUCCCUCCCCCACACUUUUUCCACACUCUGGGCACAACAGCAGCUCUUUCUCUUCUGGCAGGUGUGCAUCCUCUUGGCUGGCUGGUAUUUCUUGUUUUCUUUUUUUUCCCCCCCUUAUUCUUUUUAAGUGGGGGUGGGGGUAUAAAGUAUAUGUAUGGGGUACAUGCAAUAAUGUUGUAAUGUUUUUUGUUGUUUAAUUGAUAAUUAAUUGCAAAAUAAUUGUUUGAAUUAUAACAUGUUUAAGUAAA